AUGAACGUAAACAGUGAAAAAUUGGCUGCAGAACUUCGAAAAGCUGUGUCCUGCAGAAAAGCAGCCAGCGUGAAGUGUUUAUUAUUUGCUGCAGAAAUAGCUAAGUUAGAGGAAGAGUUGGAAAAUUCAAAGGUACAUUCAGACAUGUUGACAUCAGUUCUUGCUGAAGGAAGAGCAAAAAUAGCAGCUAACAAAAUCAGAAUCGCUACCUUAGAUGCAGAAAAAGUGGCAUGUGUUCAAAUGGAAAAAUUCAUUGCAAUGCAUGAUAAAGUGAAGGCAAUGAAAGAAGCUGCGGAAGGACGUCUUAGUCAACUUCAUAACGAUCUCGAAGAUAUAAAAGAUAUCAAAAGCACUAGAUUUGGCAUUGACGACAACUCAAGAAGUGUCUAUGAAAAACUUGAGGCUGCACAAAUGCAGAUAUUAUCAAAUGAGAUUGAGGAAUUAGAAAAAAAGGAGCAUGCAUUGACCGACAAAAUAAACUUUGUUCCGCAGGGUGACAUACCACUGACAGUUAAGAACAACAUUUUUAACAACUUGAAGAAUCGUAAGGGAGCGUUACUCGACAAACUUAUACAAGCUAGAUGCAAGCGAAAUUAUUUAAACGCACGAGCUUCUAUUAUCAAUUAUUAA